CGGAGUGACGACAGACUGUACCGUGAUUUUUUUUUUUUGGAUGGUAGUUAAGUUAGUGCCGUGACAAAGACUGUGGUUAAGUUUUCAACCCUCAACUAGGAUGGUAUCCUAUUAUAACACGAUGUACAGGCACCAGCAGGCGAUGCCGACAUCGCCAAACGCGCAUUUUCAAACGAACGGAUCUUUACACUCGUGGUACUCCUCAGGGUAUCAUAACGGGACUCAAAUGGGUACCCAACCGGCAACCUAUUUACCUCAGGAAGAGCCCCAGAUAUGGCAUCAUCACGGUGCUGGUCAUGGGGUAUUUCAGCACGAUUUCCAGGACUUUGUGCACACGGGAAUACCCGCGUUGCAACCCCACGGAGUAGAACCGGAGAAUCAGUUGCCGUCGCCACCGAUUACGGUUUCGGGUAGUGAAAUGUCUAGUCCUGGAGGACAGAGUGGGAAUAUUUCACCUCCUCAGCAGAUGGGGAUGGGUGCCAGGCCGCCUACGGCUAGAAGUCCUUAUGAGUGGAUCAAGAAGACAUCGUAUCAGACGCAACCGAAUCCUGGUAAAACGCGAACCAAAGACAAGUACCGUGUAGUUUAUACAGACCAUCAACGCAUUCAGCUUGAAAAAGAAUUCACCUUUGUCAACAAAUACAUCACCAUUAGGCGAAAAUCGGAACUUGCCGCCGAACUGGGGUUAUCGGAACGUCAGGUGAAGAUUUGGUUUCAAAAUCGAAGAGCGAAGGAACGAAAACAAAACAAAAAACGUGUCGAAGAAAAGAACCAGAUGGAUUUGUACACGAAUGUUAACCUAGCUGGUGUGAGUAUGCUGAACCAGCACAGUCAACCGAAUAACGCCAUAUUGAAUCACCAGCAAUCACACAUGGAUCAGCAAGUGUUGCCGUCCUUGGUACCGCCACCAAAUCCAGUGUUGCAGAGAUAUAUGCACGACCAACAUCAACCUAUGAAGAUGGAGGCGAACGAGGGUAGCGAACAAUUAGGUUGACUGGGGGAGUGCGACGUGGUGUGUCAAGAUCUGUUGAGUUUAUUGACCUAAGUGUGGGAAAAAAGUUUCGGUUCCAUAAACCCCAAAACCUAAUUGGAGCUGCUUUGUGCUCGGAUUUUGCAGAUGUCUUGCAUUUCUUGAAUUGACAUUGUAUAUGUAUAUAUGAAACGACUUGUAUUUAUAACCGUCCGAAGAACUAAGUGCAAUUUAUUCACACGUGCAAUUCUAUUAAGUUUAGUUAAGAUAUUCAUGUAACACUUAUUUCUGUGGAUGUGAAUCCGCCUCUUGCUUCCACACACGCUCCAAAAGAAAAGAUAAACAUUGUCGUUUUUGAUUUAGGUAUUGACUCUCGCACGAGUUUGACGUUUAGUCCAAAAUAAUGGACCACGCAUCAAUUCUAUUAUUCGCAUCUAUGGAAGUGAUUCCGCGUAUUAACUGUUGUACAUACUAGGCCAAUUAUUCUGUUUAAACCGAUAGGGUAAGACUGUAGUAAAUUAUUUUACCGAAGCGUUACGGGGUGUACCAAAAAAAUCGUAUUGUAAUUUAUUUAGUUACUAUUUGAUUGUUGAUUUGACGCCACGUAAUUUUGUACACUCUACGUGGCACUUGCCGAAUGUGCUUUUAAAAAAUAUAAAAUUGCAGCAAUGGAUCUAAUUUGCUCUUUUGUUCUACCGUUUCGUC